AUGGCUCCAUGGUGUAAACCCCCGGAGGGUGUUUGGAAGAUCAAUGUAAGUGGUCACAGUGAUGCACAAUUGGGCUCAUCUGCCAUUGGAUGUCUCAUGAGGACUAGGUCAGGACAUUUUUCAUGUGGUUAUUAUGGGAUAGUAGAACAUGCACAUCCUGUUUAUGUAGAUUUGUUGGCAAUAUAUAAUGGUUUUAAGAUGGCUGACGAGGAGGAUGCAAGAUAUAUUGAGGUUGAGUUUGAAUCAGCAGCAGUAGUUUAUCUGGUGAAUAACCCAAACCAAAACGUUGAAUAUGACGAUAUUCUUCUAAACAUACGUAGGAUGAAGGACAUGGCUACACCAUCUUGUGUACUUCGGUAUGUAGAGAGAUCAUCAAACCUUAUGGCUAUAAGAAUGUCAGCUUAUGCCUUCGAGAAAAGAGCAUCUAUCACUCGUUUAAAUUCUUGCCCAUCAGAUCUCUUCCAAGAACUUGCAGCUGAUUGGGUCAUACAACGGUUUAUCACCGUUGUAUGUCAUGCUGGGAUUCCGUUGAACAUAGAGGCGAUAUCUGAUAGUGUUUCCAACAACGGAAACAAGACUGUUGUUGGACUGUCUCCACAACAAUAG